AUGUCUUCAGUAGCGGUGCCUUUUUACCAGAGGAGGCACAAGCACUUUGAUCAGUCCUAUCGCAACAUUCAAACAAGAUAUAUACUUGAGGAAUAUGCAGCAAGAAAGGCUGCUUCCAGACAGGCUGCUUAUUAUGAAUCAUCUGGCUUGGGAAAAACAACCUGCAGGCUUUGUGCUAGAAAGGCACGCACCUUGGCCCAUGAAGCAAUGCAAGAAUCCAGGAAAAGGACUCAUGAGCAAAAGUCUCACAUAAGUGAAGAAAAAAGGCUACGGUUUGCCAGUGAGUUGUCUGCUUUGGAAAAAGAGAUUCACACAGCCAGGCACCAUGCUAGAGAACAUCUGGAUAGACUAACCAUACAAAGGAUGGUAGAAGAAAAUAUGGCUCUGGAGCGACAUGCUAUUGAGGAAAGUAUAAGUCGAGCUCCUGAAAUUCUAGUGCGCCUGAGGUCUCAUACGGUCUGGGAAAAGAUGUCUGUGAGCCUUUGCUGCACUGUACAAGGAUUUCCCACCCCUGUUGUACAAUGGUACAAAAAUGAGGAACUGAUUACUCCUGCAAGUGAUCCAAUGAAGUACAGAAUUGAAAACAAAUAUGGAGUACAUGUGUUGCAUAUAAGCAGAGCCGAUUUUGAUGAUUCUGCUACCUAUUCAGCAGUUGCAACAAACAUCCAUGGACAGGCAUCAACUAAUUGUGCUGUGCUUGUGCGAAGGUUCAGAGAAGAUGAAGAGCCUCACCCAGCUGGGAUAAUGCCCUUCCACUUGCCCCUGUCGUAUGAAGUUUGCUUCACUCACAUUGAUGUCCAGUUUCUGGAGAAGUUUGGAGUCACCUUUGCAACUGAAGGUGAAACACUGACCCUGAAGUGUUCUAUGUUGAUUACCCCAGACCUGAAAAGACUACGACCUCGUGCUGAGUGGUAUAGAGAUGAUGUGCUGAUAAAGGAUUCCAAGUGGACAAAGCUGUAUUUUGGAGAAGGUCAGGCAGCUCUUUCCUUUACUCAUCUGAACAAAGAUGAUGAAGGUUUAUAUACCCUGCGCAUGGUUACAAAAGGUGGAGUGAGUGAAUACAGUGCAUACCUGUUUGUCAGAGAUGCUGAUGCAUUGAUCGCAGGAGCACCAGGGGCGCCUAUGGAUGUUAAAUGUCACGAUGCUAACAGAGACUAUGUUAUUGUUACCUGGAAACCACCAAACACAACCAGUGAGAGCCCAGUCAUUGGAUAUUUUGUUGACAAAUGUGAAGUAGGUCUGGAAAACUGGGUCCAGUGCAAUGAUGCUCCUGUAAAAAUCUGCAAAUAUCCUGUGACUGGUCUUUAUGAAGGACGGUCUUACAUAUUCCGUGUGAGAGCAGUGAACAGUGCUGGCAUUAGCAGGCCUUCUCGAGCCUCUGAACCAGUUGCAGCUCUUGACCCUGUUGACCUGGAGAGAACACAAACUAUCCAUGUGGAUGAAGGGCGAAAGAUUGUGAUCAGUAAGGAUGACCUUGAAGGCGAUAUUCAGAUUCCAGGCCCUCCCACCAAUGUACAUGCUUCAGAAAUCAGCAAAACAUAUGUUGUUCUCAGCUGGGAUCCACCUGUUCCCCGUGGCAGGGAGCCACUGACGUAUUUCAUUGAGAAGUCCAUGGUUGGCAGUGGAAGCUGGCAAAGAGUCAAUGCACAGGUUGCAGUAAAAUCUCCACGCUAUGCAGUAUUUGACCUUGCAGAAGGAAAAUCAUAUGUUUUCCGAGUCUUGUCAGCAAAUAAGCAUGGCAUCAGCGAUCCAUCUGAAAUAACAGAACCUAUUCAACCACAAGAUGCUGUUGUUGUCCCAUCUGCACCUGGUCGGGUGGUGGCCACUAGGAAUACAAAAACAUCAGUUGUAGUUCAAUGGGAUAAACCAAAGCAUGAAGAGGAUUUAUAUGGCUACUACAUCGACUAUUCUGUGGUAGGAUCAAAUCACUGGGAACCUAGUAACCACAAACCUAUUAAAUAUAACAGAUUUGUUGUUCAUGGUUUGGAAACUGGAGAGCAGUACGUCUUCCGUGUGAAAGCUGCAAAUGCUGUAGGGCUCAGUGAAAACUCACAGGAGUCAGAGGCUAUAAUAGUACAGGCAGCCCUUAGACGAAGUGUAUCUCAUAUGGCUUGUCCUUCAUAUCCUCAUGGUAUCACACUUCUGAACUGUGAUGGUCAUUCAAUGACGCUUGGCUGGAAAGCACCAAAGUACAGUGGCGGUUCACCAAUCAUUGGUUAUUACAUGGAUAAACGGGAAGCUAACCAUCAAAACUGGCAUGAAGUCAAUUCUUCCCUUAUUACCCAGACAAUUUAUACGGUAGAGGAUUUGAUAGAAGAUGCCUUCUAUGAAUUCAAAGUUGCUGCUGCAAAUAUGGUUGGGAUAGGUCAACCUUCAGAUCCCAGUGAGCAUUUUAAGUGUAAAGCCUGGACUAUGCCGGAACCUGGUCCUGCCUAUGAUCUCACGAUUUGUGAAGUUAGAAAUACAUCAUUGGUUCUUCUGUGGAAAGCUCCUGUGUAUGAAGGCAAAAGCCCUAUUACUGGGUAUUUAGUGGACUAUAAGGAAGUAGAUACAGAAGACUGGAUCACUGCAAAUGAAAAACCCACUUCAAAACGCUAUUUUAAGGUCACUGAUUUGCAUGAGGGUCAUACCUAUGUUUUCAAAGUUCGUGCAGUGAAUGAUGCUGGGGUAGGCAGGUCAUCUGAGAUAUCUGAACCAGUGCUUGUUGAGGCACGGCCAGGAACAACAGAAAUCUUUUCAGGUGUGGAUGAUGAGGGUAAUAUUUACCUGGCUUUUGAGUGCAAAGAAGCUACAGAUGCCUCUCAUUUCUCAUGGGGUAAAUCCUAUGAGGAAAUUGAUGAUUCUGAUAAGUUUAAGAUUGAAACAGAAGGAACUCAUUCUAAGCUGUACUUCAAAAAUCCUGAUAAAUCAGACUUGGGAACUUAUUCUAUCUCAGUUAGUGACACAGAUGGAGUUUCAUCCAGUUUUGUAAUGGAUGAUGAAGAGUUUGAACGUUUGCUGGCAUUAAGCAAUGAAAUAAAGAAUCCAACAAUACCUUUGAAAUCAGAAUUAGCUUAUGAAGUUCUUGAGAAAGGAGAAGUUCGUUUCUGGAUUCAGGCUGAAAGCUUAUCACCAGAUUCUACCUUCAGAUUUGUUAUUAAUGAUAAAGAAGUUGAAAACAGUGAUAGGCAUAAAAUAAACUGUGACCGUUCAAAUGGCAUAAUAGAAAUGGUGAUGGAACGAUUUACAAUUGACAAUGAAGGUACCUACACAGUACAGAUUCAAGAUGGAAAGGCUAAGAACCAGUCUUCCUUAGUUCUCAUUGGAGAUGCGUUCAAGGAAGUUUUGGCUGAAUCUGAGCUCCAGCGAAAGGAAUUUCUCAGGAAGCAAGGUCCUCACUUCUCAGAGUUUUUGUAUUGGGAAGCUACAGACGAAUGUGAAGUUUUACUUGCUUGUAAGGUUGCAAACACAAAGAAGGAAACAGUGUUCAAGUGGUAUAAAGAUGGUUCUGGGAUUGAUGUUGAUGAGGUGCCUGAUCUGCAGAGAGGAGAAUGUCACCUUUGUAUUCCCAAGUUGUCUCGCAAAGAUGAAGGAGUUUAUAAGGCAACACUAUCAGAUGAUAGAGGUCAUGAUGUAUCUACUCUUGAAUUAUCAGGAAAAGUGUAUGACGAUAUAAUGCUGGCACUGAGUGGAAUCAGUGGCAAGUCGGCGUCUCAACUGAAGAUCCUUUGCUCUGAGGAAGGAAUAAGGCUCCAGUGUUUCUUGAAGUACUACAAUGAAGAAAUGAAAGUCAACUGGUCUCAUCGAGACUCUAAGAUUUCUUCUGGUGAAAAGAUGAAGAUUGGAGGUGGAGAAGAUGUCGCCUGGCUGCAGAUAAGUGAACCCACCGAAAAGGAUAAGGGGAAUUAUACCUUUGAAAUCUUUGGCAGCAAAGAAUCCUACAAACGCACCCUUGAUCUGUCUGGACAAGCUUUUGACGAUGCAUAUGCAGAAUUCCAGCGACUCAAGGCAGCUGCUUUUGCUGAGAAGAAUCGUGGUAAAGUCAUUGGUGGUUUGCCUGAUGUCGUUACUAUAAUGGAUGGGAAGACACUGAAUCUCACCUGUACUGUGUUUGGAAAUCCUGAUCCUGAAGUGGUUUGGUUCAAAAAUGACAAGGCCUUUGAACUUGAUGAGCAUUAUGCGUGUUCACUGGAACAAGGCAAAUAUGCAAGUUUAACAAUCAAGGGUGUGACCUCAGAAGACUCGGGCAAAUAUAGCAUCCAUGUCAAGAACAAGUAUGGUGGGGAGACAGUGGAUGUCACUGUAAGUGUGUACAGACAUGGUGAAAAAAUGCCUGAAAUUAAGCCUGGUCAGCUUGCUAAACCCAGGCCAAUACCACCAUCAGAGGAAGCUCUCAAGCCUGAGCACGAGGAAAAAUCCAAUGAGAAGUAA